AUGGCCGGCAACGAUAUGGAAAUGUCGCACAGUGAGAUGUGGGACGACUCUGCGUUGAUAGAGUCAUGGAAAGAGGCCCUGGACGAGUACAAAAAGUACCACAGCAUUCACGCAAAGGGAGGCAAGCUCAAAGACCUUGAUCUCCAGGAGAAGACGGAAGAUACCCAGACCGCCGACGACGCGCAAACGCAGGCCGUCGAUCAGCCAGAGAUCGCGGAUGAUGCUGCAGAGAGAGCCGACAAAACAAAGGGGUUGAGCAGCACGGAUGUCCAGGACCAGGCAGAUUCAACAGGUGUGCCUAUGGCAAAGGCCAAUGGCCCCCCAGGGCCUGCGACAAUGGGCCCGCAGAGUCUUCUCGGAUCAGUGCAAGACGAGGGUUUGAAGAGACUUUUGAUGUCAUGGUACUAUGCUGGCUACUACACGGGAUUGUACGAAGGCCAGCAACAACAGCAGCAGCAGCAAUAG